AUGGCGGGCGGGCUCGCGGGUGCCGCGUCGCGCACCGCGGUCGCGCCGCUCGAGCGCCUCAAGAUCAUCCUGCAGGUGCAGGCGUCGAGCCCGGCCAGCGCCGCGGGCGGGCAGGCGUACGGCGCCAUCUGGCCCAGUCUCGUGCGCAUGUGGAAGGACGAGGGCUUCGCGGGGUUCAUGAAGGGCAACGGGAUCAACGUCGUGCGGAUCCUGCCGUACUCGGCGCUGCAGUUUACGUCGUAUGGAUACUUCAAGAGAUGGGCGCAGGAGUGGAGUGGGCCAGACGAACCGAUCGCCGUGCCGCUGCGCUUGGCGUCUGGCGCGGGAGCGGGUAUCGUCGCUGUGAGCGCGACAUAUCCGCUCGAUCUCGUGCGCGCGCGUCUGUCUAUCGCGACCGCCAACAUGGCCAGCAGCUCCAAGCACGGGUUUACGAGAGAAGACGCGAAGCUCGGCAUUGUCGGCAUGACGAAGAAGGUGUAUCGCACCGAGGGCGGGAUCCGGGGUCUCUACCGCGGCGUAUGGGCCACCGCCGUCGGCGUCGCGCCGUACGUCUCGCUCAACUUUUUCGGGUACGAGUCGACACUCAUCAUGCCUCCGGGCCUCGAAAUGGGCGACACAGAGUUCGCCGCGCGCAAGCUGUUGUGCGGCGGCCUGGCCGGCGCCAUCUCGCUCAUCUUCACACACCCGUUCGACGUGCUGCGCCGCAAGAUGCAGGUCUCGGGUUUGGGUGGGGAGAAGGGGUUGGGCGCGAUCGCGACGCUCCGCGAGAUGGUCGCGGAGGGCUUCUGGAAGGGGAUGUACCGCGGAUUGGUGCCCAACUUUGUCAAGAUUGUGCCGUCGAUGGCCGUGUCGUUCUACACGUUUGACACGGUGCACGACUUCUUGGCGAACUGGAUGAACGAGGAGGACGAAGAAGAUUACGAGGCGUAG